AUGUCAGUGACCACCGCAACGCUAGAGCAAACGCCUACCAUUUCAUUAACACAACAGAAAGCGAAACAGACAACACCAUCACAAAAUACGCAAACCACAACGAAAGUAACACCAACAACAACCACUUUCACACAAACAACGACAGCUACCAUACCAACAACGGCCACUACCACACCUAAAAUUAUCACUACCGCACCAACAACGGCCACUACCACACCUAAAAUUAUCACUACCGCACCAACAACGGUCACUACAACUCAAAUAAAAACCACUACAAAACCCUUAACAAGUAGUAGAACGCAUAAACCAGUAACAAACAUAAUCACAUCAACAACGAAUACUACAGCACCAAAUCCAACAAGAUCCACAUCGACAACCACAACAACACCAAAACCAGGAACGACCACUUCAACAUCAAUACUAUCGGUGAUAAAAACAACACCAAAACCAACAACGACUACUUCUACAACAAAACCAUCGACGAACUCUACAACAUCAAAACAAACAUACACCUUCUCAACAUCAAAAACAACGACGACCACUUCACUACCAAAAUCAACGACGACAACUACAACAUCAACACAAACAUCGACCAUCUCAGCACCAAAACCAACGACGACCACUACACUUCCAAAAUCAACGACGACAACUACAACAUCAAAACAAACAUCGACCAUCUCAGCAUCAAAACCAACGACGACCACUACACUUCCAAAAUCAACGACGACAACUACAACAUCAAAACAAACAUCGACCAUCUCAGCAUCAAAACCAACGACGACCACUACACUUCCAAAAUCAACGACGACAACUACAACAUCAAAACAAACAUCGACCAUCUCAGCACCAAAACCAACGACGACCACUACACUUCCAAAAUCAACGACGACAACUACAACGACAACUUCUACGCGAAACCCAACGACGACCACGACAACAACAAAACCAUCAACGUCAACUUCAACACCGAAACCAACAACGAGCGCUUCAACAUCAAAUCCAAAAACGACUUCCACAUCGCUAAAAUUGAAACCGACAACUUCCACAUCAAAAUUAACGACGACAACAACAACACCCGAACCAACAACGACUACUUCUACAACAAAACCAACAUCGGACACUACACUACCAAAAUCAACGACGACAACUGCAACAUCAAAACCAACGUCGACGACCAUCACAACAACAAAGCCAACCCUGCCUACUACAACAUUUAAUGUAACCACGACAACUACUACACGAAACUCAACGACGACCACCACAUCAACAAAACAAACCACAACCAAUGGAACAACAAAACCAACAAUAACCGCUACAACAUCAAAUCCAACAACGACCUCCACAUCGCCAAAAUUAAAAACGACAACUACAACAUCAAAAUUAACAAUGACAACUAAAACUCCAAAACCAAUAACGACUAUUUCAACAUCAAAACUAUCGGUGACAACAACAACACCCAAACCAACAACGACUACUUCUACAACAAAACCAACGACGGACACUACCCUACCAAAACCAACGACGACCACUUCACUACCAAAAUCAACGACGACAACCACUACAUCAAAACAAACAUUGUCCAUCUCAACAUCAAAACCAACGUCGACCACCACUACAACAUCAAAACAAAAUCUGACCACAACAACAUUAAAAAUAGCCACGACAACUACUACGCGAAACCCAACGACGACCACGACAACAAACAAACCAUCAACGUCAACUUCAACACCAAAACCAACAACGACCGCUACAACCACGAAAAGUACUACACAAAACCCAACGACAACCACGACAACAACUAAACGAACCACAACCAAUGGAACAACAAAACCAUCAAUAACCGCUACAACAUCAAAUCCAACAACGACCUCCACAUCGCCAAAAUUAAAAACGACAACUACAACAUCAAAACUACCGGUGACCACAUCAACACCCAAACCAACAACGACUAGUUCUAAAACAAAAUCAACGAAGACCACUUCACCACAAAAAUCAACGACGACCACUACAACAUCAAAACAAACGUCGACCACUGAAACAUCAAAACUAACUAAUACAAGUGCUACACAAAAAUCAACUACAACCACUGCUACAACAAAACCAACAACAACCACUGCAUCACUUAAUCCAACGACGACCAAUGCAACACUAAAGCCAACGACGACCAGUGCAACAUUAGAACCAUUUUCAACUUCGACAACAAUCACGACCACUACAACACUUCAGUCGACAACGGCCACUCCAUCAAUUGAACCAAAAUUAACCAGUGAAACAUCUGAAACAUCAAGACCAACGCUUACUACUACAAUUAGACCAACCACCAACACUACAACUCUAAAACCAACAACUACCACUACGGCAAUAAAUCCAACGACAAACUCAACACAACCAAUACCAAGGAUGACUACUACACCAUUUAAACCUAUGACGAAAACUUCUACACAAAAGCAAUCAUCGACCAUUAAAACAUCAAAUCUUACAUCAACGACCAGUACAACACCAAGACCAACAUCAAACACUACGAUUGAAAAAUCAACAUCGACAACUUCUACAACACCAAAACCAACGACGAUCACUAAAAAAACAAGACCAAAAUCGACCUUUACAACACAAAAGCCAACAUCGAACAUAACAGCAUCAAUACCAAAAACGACAACAACAAGGUCAAUACUUACAAAGACCAGUUCAACAAAACAACAAAUUACGACCACUUCAACCUCAGAACCAACGCCUAAAACAACAAGAAUUAAACCAACGACGUCCACUAUGACACGAACGCCAACAACGACCACUACAACAUCAAAACCAAUAACGACGACCGGUACAACUCCAAGAUCCACAUCGACAACCACUACAACACUAAAACCAGCAUCAACAGGUACAACACUGAAAUCAUCAACGAAAAUUACAACGCCAAUAAAAGCAACGGUAUUGUCAACACUAGAACCUACUUUGACCAAUAAUACAUCAAAACUAACAACAACCACGAGAUCAAAACGAACGACAAUCACUACAACACCAUUGACGAGCACUUCAACAUCGCACCCACCAACGACUAUUACAAGAUCAAAUCCGACGAAAACCAUUACAACAUCAACAAACAUUACUACAUUCGAGCCGUUAGGUGUUGCAGAUUGCGGCUUUCCAAGUAAUGUGACGCAUGGACGUGUCUCAGUGGAGAAUGGUACCAUGUACGGAUCAGUAGCGGAGUACAGUUGUGAGGAAGGAUAUACGUUAGAUGGCAGCUACUCCACGGAAUGUCAGGCGAAUGGCAUGUGGCAGGACAUAGACAUUAGCUGCAUUGUCAUUAAUUGCAGCCUUCCACGAUAUUUGACACAUGGCAGUAUCUCCGUGGAGAAUGGUACUACCUACAGAUCAGUAGCAGUGUACAGCUGUGAGGAAGGUUACAUGCUAGACGGUAGGAACUCCACGCAGUGUCAGGCGAACGGCAGCUGGCAGGACAUUGACGUUAGCUGCAUUGCCAUUGAGUGCGGUCUCCCACAUAAUUUGACACAUGGCAACGUCUCCCUGAAUGGAACCACGUUUGGAUCGUUAGCGGUUUUCAGUUGUCACGCGGGUUACACGUUAAGCGGUAGCAAUUCAACAGAAUGUCUGGCGAACAGCACCUGGCGGUAUAUAGACGUCCGAUGUACUCCUAUUGAUUGCGACAAACCAACAAACAUAAAGAAAGGCACAGUUGAAUAUACCCUAACAACCUUCAACCACAGUGCCUUCUACACGUGCGAUCACGGAUAUACAACGGCAAACGCUACAGUGAUAAACUGUACGUCGGAGGGACUAUGGGAUGACGAUCCGCCAACUUGCACAGAUGUGGACGAAUGUUCGGGAAGUAACGAGUGCCACUACAGCGCCAAGUGCACCAACCUAAAUGGUAGCUACCAGUGCACGUGUAAUGACGGCUAUACAGAUUCGGGGGAAAACAGAGGCCGACAAUGUGACGAUAAUGACGAGUGUGCUUUUGUCGGGGACUAUUUCUGUCUGAGAAACCGGAAUCAGACUCGCUGGUGUACUAACACAGCUGGCAGCUACUACUGUGGCUGUAACCGUGGAUGGACGGGCACACACUGCGAGAAAGAUGUUAAUGAAUGCGAUGGUGGGACAUCAUGUGGUCAGAAUGCCGAUUGCACCAACACAUUUGGGUCUUUUUACUGCAAAUGUCGAGCGGAUUACCCUCAAGGAAACCCUUUCUAUGGAUGUUAUAGUCCGGUACUGCUCAGCUUUACAUCGAAGGCCGUGAUAGAUGGUGUCCGCGGAGACAACGAGAUACUCCCGCCUGUAAACAUACCAGGGGGAAGAUUCCCCUACUUCGGACAAUACUUUAGUCUCUUCAGGCCAAGUUUGAACGGAUUUCUAGCACUUAACUAUCCACCUCUGUAUGAAUCUUAUGGCGCGGAGAAUUCUACACUGUGGAAAAAGUAUGUUGAGAAUCACGUGGUUAUUGCUCCUCUCUGGACAAACCUCGACUCGAGGAAUAUUACCGGCGCAGGUGUAUGGGUCCAUGUGUUUUCUAACAACACUGGAAAUAGGAGUGACAUCCUCAAAAUACAGGAGCUUGUUCAGAAGUAUUCGAACAACAGCGAGUUCAAUGCCAGUGUUGCUUUUGCCGUGACUUGGAAACACGUCACCAUACAUUCACCAUACAUGCCCGGAUACAGGCUCUACAAGCACCAGAAUCUGUCGAUGCAGGCAAUUAUGGCAACGGACGGUCUAUACACGUACAUGAUGUUCAUCUAUGAUCAAGAGCAAUUCAGUAUUAAACCCUUGAGUUACACGCCAGUGGCUGCCGGUUACACUUUCCCUGGAAACUUUACCGGCAAGAUUCUCGCCGACAGGCACAACUUCACCAACCUUAAGAACGAAUCAAACGUUAACCAAGAGGUCAAAGGCCGUUGGCUACAUAACGUGACGUACAUCACUGACGACAUGUGGGACGAGGUUAGAUGCCGGAAGUUCCACGAGAACCAAACAUUGAAAGAAUGGACGCGAGAACAGCUUAAAAACUCAUAUCCUUGUCCAUGUUACGAACAAGACAUGAAAGAGGACUACACCUUUAAACAAAAUGACAGCAUAUGGUCGAACAGGGACGAGUAUACACACUGUUACGAGUCGUGGUUCUUCAAUCCAUACGACAUUAAACAGCGCUGCUGCUACAGAUUCGGCGAGCUUCGUAAGGAAUAUCCUUUCGCUAUAGGAGCCGAGUACAUGGAUACCGUUAUUAACGCCAUUUUGGAAGCCGGCUUCCGGCAGUGCUGCUCAGCGGUCAACAACCAGCGGUACUGUCACCUUUACUAUGACGUCAACCCACCCGAUGACUGCUCCAGCUGGUCUCCUGACGACGAGGGCGAAUAAAAACUGCCAUGAAAUUUGUGGGACUGUCUUAAGCAUAUCAAUCAGUUUGUGUUGUUUACAGAACACGUUUUGUGUUUGUGAAGACAUUCAUGUAUUUAUA